AAGGGUGCGUGGACGCCCCACGGCCACCACAGUCCAGCUCCUCCGCACACAGAAUACCAUCGUUGCCGUCGCCGCCGAUCCCGCAGACCGCUGCUGCUCCAUUACAACUGCCCUCGGUGUCGUUGGCGCUGUCGGUGCUGCUUGAACCCAUGGUUUCCACCUCCUCACACAAGUUACGCAAAAUCUCCGAUCCCCCAAGGCAUCAGAUCCGUCUUCCAAGACCAAAUCCUCAUCUGUCUUUUCUGCCUCUUCCUCCCGCCGGAUAUCCAGCAGUGGCCCGCUCCUAGAAGGCGACAUCGCCAUCACUUCCGGCUGCUGGGACUGCUGUGCGCACGACGGUGUGAGCGGCACUGCUGGGGAGCGCCGCUCCGCCGCCACCGUCGGCGCUGGUGCCGUCACCAUCGCUGCUCGUGCCUCCGCCGCCGAUAAAGAUGGCACAGCGGCUACCACACGAGAUGGGAAGUCAGCAGGCGGAACACGAGUACCCUGGAUGGAGUUGCCGUUGCUGCACUUCUCAACCUGGAUGCUUCCCCCCAUUAGUGACACACCCUUGCUGUUCAGAAUGACCUCUUUUCUGCCCUACAUCGUGGUCAAGGAAAUGAGGGCACAUGCCAGCCCCGGAACGACAGCAACGUCCUUCAAAGUCCGGCAAUUACUGGGAGAUGAGCCAGAGAAGCGAAGAAGGAGCUUAAGGACGAAGAGAGGAAGCUCUUCAGGAAUCCCCAGUUUGAAGAAGCAAUAGUUGUAGCUGGACGUGUUUCAGUCGCAACGCCUGACCUUCGCGGGCAGGCAGGGGAGAACGUGCGGGCGGGGGGGGGGAGAGGACAAUAGAUCUUGUUGUUCCCGCGCCAAUUUCAUCUGAUCUAUCGAGCGGAACUUGAUGGACCUUUUAUUUUGAGGAUGGAUCAAGCAGCAUAUGGAUUUUUCGGUUGGGUCGUGGCUCUCCAAUUUUUUUACAUUCGUCUGCUCGUGCUUGUUUCGUGUCCACCCGUCAGUCCUGUGUGCACGAUUGCCCACACUGACGCCGUUCGAAGAUUGGGAGAAACGUUGGCUUGUAUCCAGGGCCAGAGUUUAGUUCCUUGAGCCAUGAAACGGGCUCCUUCUAAUACCCUCUCCCGAACGUCACGCACCCCGAGGUGCCGU